AUGAGCACCAUGGAGCCGCCUACGCCCACUUCCAAUCAGCCAACGCCUCCAUCCAGCAAUGCUACUAGUGGGGCUGUUGCGCCCAUUCCAAGAUUGAGAAUAUCUUUAAAACCACCUAAAUUCCCAACUGCUGCCCCCGGAAUGACCAUUCAUCUACAUCCUACUCACUUCAACAUACAGAACUCGGAUGCUACAUAUCAGUAUAAUGGUCCAUUGAAUCCCUUCAUCCAGGCUGUAAACAAACAGCAGUUGACGCCCGAUGUCCUCAAAUAUGCUGACAACUUCCACAAUGGAAUGGUGGUGGCUCGUAUCCACGAUCAUCGACUAGGAGUUCGACCUGUAACUGCUCCCCCAGCAGUUGCGGCUCAUACUCCAAUCACUCCUACAUUCCCUACUACCACCACAUUAGAUGCUAACGGUGGUGCACCACCAGUAGCAUCCCCAGCACCAGAACCAAUCGCACCACAAAUAUUCAGCAUAGAAUUACGGCCCACAAUGCAGACUCUUUGGAGUACCAUGUCUUCAUUAAGUGCAACAAACCCAUCUACCAAUGAGAAUGGCGAGGCUACACCUUGGACUAUGGAUUUCGCUACGAGGGUUGAAGCUGCCAUCUUGCCUCGCACUGAACCACCACUUUGUUUGGAUCCAUCAACCAAAGUUGUAAGGCUGGCAAACCAGAUCGCAUUCAAUGAACAAAAGUUUCUGGUGAGGCCGAAAAGGAAGCGAAAUUGGGCUGAAGUCGAAGAGGAGGAGACAAAGAAGAAGAAGGAGAGCAGUAAAUUAUUAAUGUUCAAAGAAGAUCGGCAUGAAUUCCACCCAAGGUUCUCGCGAUUCUCAUACAUUGAAGAUUGGAGGAAGAAGAAGACAAUGGCUGAUAUGGAAUUGCUGGCUGGUGUCGAUACAAAACAAAAGAGCAAACGACAAAAGCUUCAUCUGAAUGCUGGCAAGAAGCUUGUUCGUACUGUGCGGUGGGAACGUGAGUCCGAAAAAGGCAAAGUGUAUACCAUCAUGAACAUAUAUGAAAACAGCCCAACAGACUAUGAAGCUGUAUUCAGAGCUGGUAAUGUUGAAGGAACUAGCACUGGCAAUGGGAUGACUCUCAAGUAUCCGAUCGGAAACGCAACAGCGGUAGACUACUACCUAGCCCAUCUCAAAGGCUUUUACGCAAUCGAGAAAAACAAUCUUGUCGCCGAUGUACCCUUAGCCAAAGUCGCACCUACUGGUUCGAGCAGUAGUGGUGGUGGUACACCGUCUUCAGCAACGCCAAAUCCUGGAUCAGGUCGUAUGACUCCUGGACCUGGUCUACCAACACCACCAUCCAGCUUGCCUGUUGCUGGUCAACAACAGCAGCAGCAACGGCCUGGUAUGCCUGGUCCUGCUACUGGUCCAUCGAGACCAACGCCGUCGCUUGCGAAUCAAGCUAAAAUGAUUGGGGCGUAUGGUGGUAAUAGCGCGAAACCGAGGCUGAAAAAGUGA